AUGGCAAGCAAUACGCGAUCGCGCGACUUCACAGGUGGCGUCUCGCUCAACGGUGCCGACACCGAACGCUCGUCACACUCUUCGCCGUGGGGAAAGAACAUAUGGAACAGCAAUCCCCUCUUUGGAUUUGGCUCAGCCGCCAGAGAGGGUUCGCGGCCAAGAGAAAAUGACUCGUUCGCUGGUGCCACCUCAGACCUCACUGAAGGCAAGACUGGCUCCGGCUCUCUCGUUGCCGACUCUGAAACCGAAUGGAGGCCAAAUCGCCCGUCUUGGGGAGACAAUUCCUCCAAAAGUAUACCGCAUGUCAGGAGUUCUGGCGUAUCACCAGCACGCAAGCGAUCCAUUGCACAAGCGCAAACGUCGCAGCAAUACGCCGAUAACUCUCCCUCCACUUUCUUCCCAGUCGCAAGGGCAUCCGCAGUAGGCCAAAUCCCAGCCUCGAACCCCGCAAAACCACACCUCGAUCCUACCUCGAUGAACUUCACCUCGUCGCGCCAAAUCGAGUCGCUAAACACAGGAUUCUCAAACUUUGGCUUCGGCCAGCCAGAGGCCAGCCUACAGCGCCCUGAUACUGGUGUUACAUCAUGGCCAGAUGGUGCGUCAGUGCACUCCCCCAGCGACGAUCGCCGAAGUGUAACAAACUCCGAGUAUUUCGCCCCGUCCAGUGGUGCACCCUCCCGGAGCGGAAGUUUGCCGCCAUCGAGGCAUGGAGCGGAACCAGCCCAGUACAAUCAAUCCGUAGACGCCUUCUCCCGAUUUCCGCCAGCUCCCUCACGACAAGCAUCGUCCUUUUCCAUUGCCAACGGUCGCUCCUUCCAGGAACGUAGCGGUUCGAUACAAAGCGAGUCAUAUCAAACGCUAAAUCGACUGGCCCUCGAGCAGGACCAAGAUGCGCGCAUGGCAGCUCAUAGGUCUUCUAUUAGUGGCAACGGUUAUCCUUCCUCUUUCACUCCCGGACAAGACUCCAAUGUGCCACGCGACAGCUACCCAGACCCACAGCUUCCUGUGAGGGCGGAUGAUACCAACUACAGAACCGCAGGAUCAUACACGCCUGACCAUUACGGAAACGGCCAAGCCAGUGACCCCAGUGUUCAGUUCCGAUCGUUCCAAUUCGACAAUAGCCGUAGUGCGCCGAAUGGAACUGGUGUCCGCCAAAGCCCAUUCUACUCUCACAUCAACACACCACCCGCGUAUGAUCGCCUUAACCCCGAUCGCAGCGAGCAAACCCUGUCUCACCCCAACAAUAUUGCGCAACUGCAGAACAAAUUGGUCGGCUAUCAAAUCCAGCAGGAACAGCGCAACUUCAUUCCUCCAAGCCAGUUCCACCAGCAACAAUUUCAGCAUCUCUUGCCAGCAAACCAGCUGCGACAUCCUUAUGGUUACCAAUUCGCCAUUCCCAACGGUAUGCAAUUAACCGCAAUACCUCCCCAUAUGGCCAUGGGACAAAUGUCACCCAUGAUGCCCGUCCAGCAACCACCGCGAGCCCCUCGAGAACAGCAAAUCAGCGAUGGUUUAGGCACCAUGAGCAUAGAAUUGCAGAACUUCAAGAGGGAACAGAAGCAAAGUAAGCGCUGGGAAUUGCCUGAUAUCUACACACAUGUGGUUGAAUUCGCCGGAGAUCAGCACGGAUCUCGAUUCAUCCAGCAGAAACUUGAAACGGCCAACAGCGAAGUCAAAGACCGCAUCUUCCAGGAACUGCAAAGCGAUGCCCUACCAUUGAUGCAGGAUGUCUUUGGCAACUACGUCAUCCAGAAGUUCUUCGAGCAUGGUGAUCAAACGCAGAAGAAGAUUCUUGCUGGUAAGAUGAAGGGGCAUGUACUGGCAUUGGCGAACCAAAUGUACGCUUGCCGUGUAGUGCAAAAGGCUCUCGAACAUGUCCUCACUGAUCAACAAGCUGCCAUGGUGAGGGAACUCGAAAAGGAUGUCCUCAAGACGGUCAAAGAUCAGAACGGCAAUCACGUCAUCCAGAAGGUCAUUGACCGAGUGCCCACGGAGCACAUCCAGAAUAUCGUUGAGGCAUUCAGAGGCAACGUCGGCGUGUUGUCGGUUAAUUCCUACGGCUGCCGUGUGAUACAAAGAUUACUCGAAAAAGUCCAGGAGCCUCAGCGAAGAUUCAUUCUGACCGAACUCCACGCGGAGGGACCGAAACUUAUCACAGACUCGUACGGUAACUACGUCACCCAGCAUGUGAUUGAGCAUGGCUUACCCGAGGAUCGCGCCAAGAUCGUUGCCCUGAUUCAGGCACAGUUUCUCAUGUUCUCCAAGCAUAAGUUCGCUAGCAAUGUGGUUGAACGGUGCUUGGUAUGUGGUGAUGAUGAGCAGCGCCGUCAGCUUGUCACCACUGUCAUUGCCAAGAACGAGCGCGGCGAGACAAACAUCCUGAACCUACUCAAGGAUGGUUACGGCAACUACGUGGUCCAGAAGCUGCUAGAGACCCUCGGCCGCGACGAUUAUGAUACCUUUGUCGUUGCCCUAAAGCCUGAGCUAGAGAAGGCGAAGAAGAUCAUCUCGGGCAAACAGAUUAUUUCAGUCGAGAAGAAGAUGUAUCGGUACGACCGCAUCGACUCUCCUACAAUGCCCCGCGACGACGCACCGCCUACUCCAGGUCUUACCAGCUCUACACAGUCACCACAAAGCAGCUGCCUCCCCAGCACGAGCACGUCCACCAUCGACGAACCUGUACACACCGCGACACCGGCUGGGAAACCGGACCUUGCUCCCACUACUGGCGGGAUCGAUAUCAAGGAGCACGCCUCCUAA